AAGCUUGAAUGAAUCAAAUACAAAUGCCGUUUCUCACCUUCUAUCUUCCUUCUCUCUACAAAAACUAGAUGAAUCAUAUUAUCAUUAUCAAUAUCAAUAUCAAUUCUCUCUAUCUAGUUUAGAUCUCCGAUCACAUAUACACAUUUAUUUGUUUUCCGAUCAUACAAAAUGGAGCAGUUGACGAUCGGCGAUGGACCACGUUACGUCCAGAUGCAAUCGGAACCGGAGCCGGAGGCUUCUACCUUGUCGUCCUUAUACUCCUUUCAUCAGGAUACUGCAACUCGAAUUUUCGAUGAGUUGCCUCAGGCUGCGAUUAUACAGGUAUCUCGAUCCGACGCCGGUGACAUUAGCCCCAUGCUUCUAACUUAUACCAUUGAAGUCCAAUAUAAGCAGUUCAAGUGGCAAUUGGUGAAGAAAGCUUCGCAUGUAAUUUAUUUACAUUUUGCAUUAAAAAAGCGUGCAUUCAUUGAGGAGAUUCAUGAGAAGCAAGAGCAGGUCAAAGAUUGGCUUCAAAACUUGGGGAUAGGAGAUCAUACAACUGUAAUGCAAGAUGAGGAUGAACCUGAUGAUGAGGCUAGUCCUCUGCGUGCUGAGGAAAGUGCCAAAAACAGAGAUGUUCCGUCUAGUGCUGCUUUGCCAAUAAUUCGGCCAACCCUCGGAAGGCAACAUUCAAUGUCAGAUCGAGCAAAAAAUGCUAUGCAGGGUUACUUGAAUCACUUUCUUGGAAAUAUAGAUAUUGUCAAUUCCCAGGAGGUAUGCAGGUUUCUGGAAGUUUCAAGAUUAUCCUUUUCGCCCGAGUAUGGUCCUAAGCUAAAAGAAGACUAUAUUAUGGUGAAGCACUUACCAAAAAUUCAAAGGGACGAUGAUAGUCGGAAAUGUUGUUCAUGUCAGUGGUUCGGUUGCUGUAAAGACAACUGGCAGAAGGUCUGGGCUGUAUUGAAACCUGGAUUCUUGGCUUUCCUCAAAGAUCCGUGUGACCCUGAGCCGUUAGAUAUAAUAGUGUUUGAUGUACUACCAGCCUCCGAUGGCAAUGGAGAGGGUCGCGUUUCUUUAGCAAAAGAAAUAAAAGAUGGAAACCCUUUACGCCACUAUUUUAGGGUGUCUUGUGGUUCAAGGUGUAUCAAACUGAGGACCAAAAGCGAUGCAAAGGUUAAAGAUUGGGUAGCAGCAAUUAAUGAUGCAGGGCUUAGGCCACCUGAAGGAUGGUGUCAUCCUCACCGCUUUGGUUCUUAUGCUCCUCCUAGGGGUUUGACAGAGGAUGGCAGUCAGGCUCAGUGGUUUGUUGAUGGUGAAUCAGCAUUUGAAGCUAUAGCUUUGGCUAUUGAAGAAGCAAAGUCAGAGAUCUUUAUAUGUGGCUGGUGGCUGUGCCCCGAACUUUAUAUGCGACGUCCCUUUCACACUAAUGCAUCCUUCCGGCUUGAUGCUUUACUGGAAGCCAAAGCAAAACAAGGUGUUCAGAUCUACAUCCUUCUGUACAAAGAGGUUGCUAUUGCGUUAAAAAUCAACAGUGUGUAUAGCAAGAGAAAGCUGGUAGGCAUCCAUGAGAAUGUCAGAGUGCUGCGUUAUCCAGAUCAUUUCUCAAGUGGUGUGUAUCUAUGGUCCCAUCAUGAAAAAAUUGUCAUUGUUGACCAUCAGAUUUGCUUUAUCGGAGGACUGGACUUGUGCUUUGGCCGUUAUGACUCAGCUGAACACAAAGUGGGUGAUUGUCCACCUCUUAUAUGGCCUGGAAAAGAUUACUAUAAUCCAAGGGAAUCUGAACCAAAUUCCUGGGAAGAUACCAUGAAGGAUGAAUUAGAUCGGAAAAAGUAUCCACGUAUGCCAUGGCAUGAUGUCCAUUGUGCUCUCUGGGGACCGCCGUGCCGUGAUGCUGCUCGACACUUUGUUCAACGCUGGAAUUAUGCAAAGAGGAACAAAGCUCCACGUGAGCAAGCAAUUCCGCUGCUUAUGCCUCAGCAUCACAUGGUUAUUCCUCAUUACAUGGGAAUGAGCAGUGAGAUGGACAAUGGAAGUAAUGGUGUUGCGCGUCCUCAUAAAAAUAUCAAAAGACGCGAUUCAUUUUCUUCAGGGUCUUCUUCCCAAGAUAUUCCUUUGCUUAUACCUCAGGAAGCUGAAGGGGGGGAAAGUUUCAAGGAAGAACAAAAAACAAAUGGUUUCCAUACCGGGCAUGGUUUUCAUGAUCAGCGUAGCAGGCCUAGCAGAAUCCCUUUCUCUUUCCGGAAGACCCGUGUAGAACCUCUAGCUCCAGAUUUGCCAAUGAAAGGAUUUGUGGACGAGUUGGAUCAAAAUCUGGAGCUAUCUUCAAAUCUGGUGCAGCCUGGCAUGAAGAAGUUGGACAAGGAUUGGUGGGAGAAACAAGAGAGAGGCAAUCAA